AUGAUAGAAUGUCCUCUUAUGAUCCCAUCAAUUGCCACAGAAGAAUAUCCUAUCUGUUCAUUUACUGAUUUAAUUUAUCCAUUCUUCAGUAGUAAGUUUUCAAUCUCUGAUGAUGAUUGGAUAAAUCAGAUUGCCGAAUAUAUACAAUAUCCUUGGGAGAUGGAAAAUGAUUUCUUGUCUGAAAAAAACUACAUAAUAGGAUUUUUAUUCGGCAUAUAUCAAUAUAUUAAAACCGAAGAUAUUAUUUAUGUUUCCUCUCAGUGCAGAAAGAAACUAUUGCAAUCUAUUUAUAAUACGCAAUCAAGAACUAUACCAGAAACAGAGCCAGAAAAAAAAGUUGUGCCCAUUUCAAAGCCCAUUACAGCAACAAAAUAUAUAGAACAGAGUAUAGAUAAAAUAUUAAACUGGGGUAAGGAAAGGAUUGAUCCAGCGCCAGCUGAAAAUCGCCCCGAAUCAGUUAUAUAUAGUUUACUUGGUUUCAUUGUAUUUAUUUUAAUCUUUAAGACUAUAUAUUUUGUUCUUGUUUUUAAUAAUAUAAUUCCUGCCGAUGAUUAAAUUAUAUUUAUCACAUUCAUCAUUUUAUACUCUAUUAAUUAUUGCAUAGAUACAAAUAGGCAUAAUAUAACAUAGG